CACCCUCCGACCCAUUAAGUCUUGAGUAUCCUGGCUGGGUUUUACUGAGAGCUGGGACCUGUGCCCACUCCCCUUUGGGAUGGGGGUAGGAUAGAAAGGCCCCCACCUCUCAGCCUGAGUGGGGACUGGUGUCUCUUCUAAAGGGUGAGGUGGCUUUGACCCCGGGUUGCCGGGCCAGCGCGACCGAGGCGGUGGCUGGACAGCUGGAGGAUGAACGGAGAGGCCGACUGCCCCACAGACCUGGAAAUGGCCGCCCCCAAAGGCCAAGACCGCUGGUCCCAGGAAGAUAUGCUAACUUUGCUGGAAUGCAUGAAGAACAACCUUCCAUCCAAUGACAGCUCCAAGUUCAAAACCACUGAGUCACACAUGGACUGGGAAAAAGUAGCAUUUAAAGAUUUUUCUGGAGAUAUGUGCAAGCUCAAAUGGGUGGAGAUUUCUAAUGAGGUGAGGAAGUUCCGUACGUUGACAGAAUUGAUCCUUGAUGCUCAAGAACAUGUUAAAAAUCCUUAUAAAGGCAAAAAACUCAAGAAACACCCAGACUUCCCAAAGAAGCCCCUGACCCCUUAUUUUCGCUUCUUCAUGGAGAAGCGAGCCAAGUAUGCAAAACUCCACCCUGAGAUGAGCAACCUGGACUUGACCAAGAUUCUUUCCAAGAAAUACAAGGAGCUUCCUGAGAAGAAGAAGAUGAAAUAUAUUCAGGACUUCCAGAGGGAGAAACAGGAGUUCGAGCGAAACCUGGCCCGAUUCAGGGAGGAUCACCCCGACCUUAUCCAGAAUGCCAAGAAGUCGGACAUCCCUGAGAAGCCCAAAACCCCCCAGCAGCUGUGGUACACCCAUGAGAAGAAGGUGUAUCUCAAAGUGCGGCCAGAUGAGAUUAUGCGUGACUAUAUCCAGAAGCACCCUGAACUGAACAUCAGUGAGGAGGGCAUCACCAAAUCCACCCUUACCAAGGCUGAACGCCAGCUCAAGGACAAGUUUGAUGGGCGACCCACCAAGCCACCUCCGAACAGCUAUUCACUGUACUGUGCAGAGCUCAUGGCCAACAUGAAGGAUGUGCCCAGUACGGAGCGCAUGGUGCUAUGCAGCCAGCAGUGGAAGCUGCUGUCCCAGAAGGAGAAGGAUGCCUAUCACAAGAAGUGUGACCAGAAAAAGAAAGAUUACGAGGUGGAGAUGCUCCGUUUCCUUGAGAGCCUGCCUGAGGAGGAGCAGCAGCGGGUUCUGGGAGAGGAAAAGAUGUUGAACAUCAACAAGAAGCAGGCCACCAGCCCAGCUUCCAAGAAGCCCACCCAGGAAGGCGGGAAGGGCGGCUCAGAGAAGCCUAAACGGCCUGUGUCCGCCAUGUUCAUCUUCUCUGAGGAGAAGCGGCGGCAGCUGCAGGAGGAGAGGCCAGAGCUCUCUGAGAGUGAGCUGACCCGCCUGCUGGCCCGCAUGUGGAACGACUUGUCAGAGAAGAAGAAGGCCAAGUACAAGGCCAGGGAGGCAGCGCUGAAGGCACAAUCUGAGAGGAAGCCAGGCGCGGAGCGCGAGGAACGGGGCAAGCUGCCAGAGUCACCCAAGAGAGCUGAGGAGAUCUGGCAGCAGAGCGUCAUCGGCGAUUACCUGGCCCGCUUCAAGAACGAUAGGGUAAAGGCCUUGAAAGCCAUGGAGAUGACCUGGAACAACAUGGAGAAGAAGGAGAAACUAAUGUGGAUUAAGAAGGCCGCUGAAGACCAAAAGCGAUAUGAGAGGGAGCUGAGUGAGAUGCGGGCACCUCCAGCUGCUACGAAUUCUUCCAAGAAGAUGAAGUUCCAGGGAGAACCCAAGAAGCCUCCCAUGAAUGGUUACCAGAAGUUCUCCCAGGAGCUACUGUCCAAUGGAGAGCUGAACCACCUGCCACUGAAAGAGCGCAUGGUGGAAAUAGGCAGCCGCUGGCAGCGCAUUUCCCAGAGCCAGAAGGAGCACUACAAAAAGCUGGCCGAGGAGCAGCAGAAGCAGUACAGGGUGCACCUGGACCUCUGGGUCAAGAGUCUGUCUCCCCAGGACCGUGCAGCAUAUAAAGAAUACAUCUCCAAUAAACGUAAGAGCAUGACCAAGCUGCGAGGCCCAAACCCCAAGUCCAGCCGGACCACCCUGCAGUCCAAGAAUCUGAGGAGGAUGAUGAAGAGGAUGAGGAUGAUGAGGAUGAAGAUGAAGAAGAGGAAGACGAUGAGAAUGGGGAUUCCUCUGAGGAUGGUGGAGACUCCUCCGGAUCCAGCAGUGAAGAUGAGAGCGAGGAUGGGGAUGAGGAGGAUGAUGAGGAUGAAGAUGAUGAUGAGGAUGACGAUGAGGAUGAAGACAAUGAGUCCGAGGGCAGCAGCUCCAGCUCCUCCUCCUCAGGGGACUCCUCAGACUCUGACUCCAACUGAGGCUCACCCCCCGGGGCAGCCAGGGAGAGCUUUAGAGCUCCCCUCCCCAACUGACCACCUUUGUCUCUCCCCCAUGUUCUGUCCCCUACCCCCUGGCCUCCCCCACUUUCUGUCUUUCUUUUUCUUUUUCUUUUUUAAACAAAAUAUGGUGGGGGUAGGGGACUGGAGGAGCCCAGGCCAGGACUCUGUUUGCCUUGGAGCAAUCGGCCCUCGGGGUCCUCCAGGGAGAGCAACCAUCAGACUGAGCCAGCACUGGACCAGACCGGCCCACCCCACCCCUCUUCUGCACUUGCAGUUCUGGCAUGGACAAUGGACCAGGGGUGGGGAGUCCCAAAGAGUUCAGUGAGGCCCUCCACACCUGCAACCCAAACCAAGGUGGGGUGGAAGCUUGGGGAGGACCCCUUCCUUCCCAGAGGGGCUCACCACCUGGACCCCUGCAUUGGAACUGGAGGCAGGGAAACUGUUGGGAGAGGCGGGCAGGUGCCUUUGAGAAAACAGGCACUGCCCUGAUGGUCCUCUCCCCUGCCCCUGCAGAAAGGAGCUGCCUGGACCCACUCAUGGGGGAGGGGCAGAAGUGUUUUUUAUAUAUGUGUAUAUAUUUUUUUUUUAAGCUCUGAGCUGUCAACGAGACGUUUCCUACCGAUCCCGGCUGCCGUCUCUGUUGUCAUUUCUGGGAGAGGGAGGGUUUAGGGGGUAGAUUUGGAACUUUUUUUAAAAGGUCUUGAUGUGUGUGGGAAAGAGAGUGUGUGUGUGUGUGUGUGUGUGUGUGUGUGUGUGUGUGUGUACGUGUACGUGUGCACGCGCACACGCUGUAUAUAGCAUGAGUGCACCUGUGGGUGUGUUUGAGUGCGUGUAGAAAAGAGAAGGGGUCUGUCCUGGAGCCCACCUCAGUUUUUGUGAAUCUGGAAAAGGGUUGGUGAGGGCCAGGGAGAUGAUGAUCCCAGUGGGAACAGGCUGAGGCUGCCCUUCUCUGCAUGUCUCCACUUUGCCUGGUCUCUGGUUCUAUUUGGGGAGGGCACUGAAGCCACUCUUGAUGCUUCCUAUACAGUUUCCCUGUGCCAGGGUCAUGUGCAUCUGAGCUGCUGCUGGUCCCUACUGUCCAGCAGGAAGGCGGGAAAGGGCAGACAAUGGUGUGAACCUUAAAACUUUUCUUUGAUGGAAAAGGCCUUCUGGCUCAUGUGAGGGGGCCAGCCUGGCCACUCUGGGUUCAGAGUCUGGGCAUCAGGAAGUGUGUUGAGCUCUUAUGUACACAUCCCUAACUGCCUUCCCCCAUGUCCUCUGGCCACCCCAUUUCCUUUGAUUUCUCAGGUCUGCUCCCCCUCUUCCUUGCCCCUCAACCUUAUAGUUGGGAAAGGGGCUACAGAAGCUGCUUUCUGCAGCUGUCCCUUUAACCCUUGCCAGCCAUCCCAAGUUUUUUGGUACCCUGAUUCCUUGACUCUUAAUAAGCCAAGCCACCUUAUCUGUGGAUUUAAUUUUUGUUGUUGGCAGUUUUUACUAAAUUGGUUUGAAAAAAAUUUUUUUUAAAACAAUCAUGUCAGUGACCUAUUUAAUCGGGGCUUUGUGCUUCCCACCUUCCCCUCUGAAUGAAAGCCAGGAAUGGGGGAAGUGGGACCUCUGCCAAGGUGGUGGGGCAGAAAAGGUAAAGGGCCCCACCCCAGAUAGGCUGUGGGUCUCUCAAAUGAAAGCAGAGACAAUCUGCUUUGCCUGGACCCUGGUGCUUGGAUGGGGAGGCCUAGGGAGGGACACUCCCCACUCCCACUCCCCUUCCUUUAUCCUGACCCAGGAAUUAAGUACAGGAGUUUAUAGGUUAUUUCCUCCUAAGAACCCCUGCAAAGACCCCCCACCCAAUAUCCUUUAUCUGAAUGCCCCUGCACUAUUAUGUUUUAGUGGAAUGUGUUUUCAUUUAAAAAUAACUUUGAACAGGAUACUUUUCCUGUUUUAAAAAUUGAAAAAUUCUUACAGUACAGACAGGGCCAUGGGGGUGGGGGUGUUGGUGCUGUAAGAGGUCGCUCUGAGUGCAUUUUGGCACUGGGACGGGAUGGCUGGGGUGGGAAGACCCCCAUUCCCCCACCUUUUUUUUCUAAUAUUUAAGGAGUGUUUUGUAGGUUUCAACAACAACCACACUUGAAUUUGUAUUAUGGGAGGUGGGAGGGAAUGGCUUAGAGGUGUCUGCCUAAGCUUAAGGCCAACUGUGGAAGUUUUGUUUUCCCUUUUUUUUGUACAAUAAAGUGAAAAAUGAAGGUCUGA